AUGGCCACAGGCCAGCAGGGCCGCGAUGAGCGGCUACAACAACGUCUUCGAGGUGCUCAACGCACGAAUAUUCAGGACGAAUCCUUCAAUCUCGACUUUAACCUCGAUCUUGCAGGCCUUAACAUAGCCAGCUCGACGCCUGCCGCUCCCAAACCAACGCUGCUACCCUCAUCAGCCAAUACUUCUGCUAAGAGAAGAAGAUUGGAUAAUGAGCCGCCACCAUCUGCGUCGGCGCAGAGAAGCGCGCGAAGACGAUCGCCGAGAAUAAGAUCUGAUGAUCCCUACGAAUUACCCGACACAUCUAAGGAAUCGGACGCGCAGGAUAUUUCACCAGAGGUUGUGGACGUUGGAGAGUCGGUUGACGGUGCGGCGGAGGAAAGGGAAGUCGAACUAGAGUCCGAGAUGGAACCAGAAUCAGAGGCAGAGCCCGAAUUGCCUAGUCCAGAACAAUCCAUUGAACCCCCAGAAGAGAACGAAGCCGAGAUCGAAUUGCCAGUCCUGCCGAACGAGAAUGCCUCUACAUCACCAGAUACUCAACCAUCAAGUCAGAGGACUCAAGAAAAUGACCAAAGUCCUGAUGCGCCGCAGCCUAUACAAAUCGACGCCGUAUCAUCGACAACACAAUUACGUGCUGCGCUCGCGGACGAGGAUGAUGCGCCAGCCUCCUCGUCACCACUGGUCAGCAAACUGCGUCGGAGUGGGGGCCAUUCCAUGUCUCGAUCGAGAAUAUCCCAAGGACGAGCUUCGAGAGCUACAGAAAUAAGUCUAGACGAUGAGGAGCUUUUGCCAGAACGACCAGAUCAAGCUCCUGCGGACGACGAACUUUCCGAAGACAACCAAAUAGAGGAUGAGCCAGCCGAUAUCACAAUGGAGCCGGCUGAGGAGGAGGAACUUCAGGAACAGGAAUCUGAAGGGUCGGAAGAACCAGAAGAACCGGAAGAACCAGAAGAACCAGAAGAAGAACCCGAGGAGGAAAGGAAUACACAAGAAGAGGAAGACGCUGUCGCAGAGGCAAUCAGUGCGGUCGAGGCAGCCAAAGCUAUUGGCAGAAAACGUCCCCGAAGAAGUCUACCAUCUCAAUCGCAUGAAGCAGAGCCUGAAGAACCGACUGAAGAGGAGCCAGCACCAAAACGACGACGAGGACAAUCUUCGAGAAGCCCAGCGACACAAAAGCAACCAGCAGCCAAAGCCAAAGACAAAGCCAGUACAAAAUCGAGAACAGGACCAAAGCCACUUCCGAAACAGGUACGCAAAACGAAAGAAGCCGAGAAAGCCCGACGAGUCAGUGAUGGCUCAGCUAUCGAGAUUACGGUGCAGCGUUUCGUCAAUGUUAAAAAAUAUGGCAAAGACGAUGAUGAGGAGGACCAACUCGCAGGGGACGUACCGUUCAUAAUGAAUGGAGAAACAGUGGUAGACGUCUUUUCGCAGGUUUGCUUCGAGGUAAUUGAUGGGGUAGUCGCAAAGCUCUACGAUACACUGGGCAGCACAGAAGAGAAGGAGAAGAAAAAAGAAUGCAGGAUAAAAAUACUGGCACUCGAGGCGUAUAAAGAAGAGCUCACGUCUCGAUUGCUUCAGCAGGCGAUUCAUCUAAAUGACUUGCACACCCUUAGAAAACGAGUCCGAAUCAUACAGCGCGAGAAGCUCUCUUUGCGAGAAGAGAUAUUACGUCUCAAGGCAGAAAGAGAGCAAGUUGCUCUAAAGAUGGAUGCAGUGCGUAUCAAGCAUGAAGAGGACACCAAGGAGUCAAAGUAUCGACUCGAUACCUCAGCUAUAAUGCACGAUAUAGACAUGGCGGUUGAAAGGGGACGGGACGCCCCUGAACUUUCGCGUGCCCAGGAGAAAAAAGCCGAUCUGGCUAACCUAGAACUUCUUGUGGCGCGCAUAACCGAUGAAGCCAGCUCAGCGAGCUCCGCAGGCGGAUUGCUUCAACAAGUAAAAAACUUCAAUGCUUUCCUCGAACGCGCAGCGAUUGCGCUAGAAACAAAAGGCAGAUGA